UUCCUCUUCCUCUUCCCCGUCUGACUCGCCGCCAUGAAGGUCGAACUGUGUAGUUUCAGUGGGUAUAAAAUUUACCCCGGCCAUGGCCGGAGGUACGCCAGAAUCGACGGAAAGGUGUUCCAGUUCUUGAACGCCAAGUGCGAGUCUGCUUUCCUGGCCAAGAGGAACCCCAGGCAGAUCAACUGGACUGUACUGUACAGGCGCAAGCACAAGAAGGGCCAGUCUGAAGAGGUGACGAAAAAGCGCACCCGCCGUGCGGUUAAGUUCCAGAGGGCCAUCACUGGGGCUUCCCUGGCUGAGAUCUUGGCCAAGAGAAACCAGAAACCAGAGGUGCGCAAGGCUCAGAGAGAGCAGGCCAUCAGGGCUGCCAAAGAGGCCAAGAAGGCUAAGCAGGCAACCAAGAAGGCAGCUGUCCAGACCACCAAGGCUCCUGCCAAAACUGCACCCAAACAGAAGAUCGCCAAGCCCAUGAAGGCCAGCGCACCACGCGUUGGUGGAAAGCGUUAAAAGCCAUGACUUGGAAUUUUUGUUAAUAAAUCAUCCAACUGUC